AUGGCUGCCGCGAAUGCUACAGAGAGGUUCCAGCUCAUUCGCGAGAACCUCGCAGAGGUCCUGAACCCCGAAAUCAUAGAGUCUAUUCUCGCCGAGGGCAGAAGCCCAAAGAUCUACUGGGGUACCGCCACCACGGGUCGCCCUCACUGCGGUUACUUUGUCCCUGCCAUCAAGAUUGCUCAGUUCCUCGCCGCCGGCUGCCAAGUGACCAUUCUCCUCGCCGACAUCCACGGGUUCCUCGAUAACUUGAAGGCGCCGAUCGAGCUGGUCGAGCAGCGCACUCACUUCUACCGCCAUGUCAUCACUGCCAUUCUGGAAGCCGUCGGCGUCUCCACCGAGAAACUGCGAUUCGUACAGGGAAGCUCCUACCAAAAGAGCCCCGAGUAUAUAAUGGACCUCUACAAAAUGACGUCGUUGGUGUCGGAACACGAUGCCAAGAGGGCCGGUGCCGAGGUCGUCAAACAGACUGCCAAUGCUCCCUUGAGUGGCUUGCUCUACCCAAUAUUGCAAGUGCUUGACGAGCAGUACCUGGACGUAGAUGCGCAGUUUGGUGGCCUUGACCAGCGAAAGCUCUUCGUCGCAGCCAAAGAAUGGCUUCCCAAGAUUGGGUACAAGGAGCGCGCACAUUUACUCAACCCCAUGGUUCCCGGACUGCAGGGUGGAAAGAUGAGUUCCAGUGAUCAAGACAGUAAGAUUGACCUGCUCGAUCCUCCCGAAGUCGUUUCCAAGAAGAUCAAGAAAGCCAUCGCCGCGCCUCAAGUUGUCGAUGAGAAUGGUGUCCUGGCUUUUGUCGAGUUUGUCUUGUUACCAGCCUCCGGUCUGAAGGGAGGGAAGAGAGAGUUCAAGGUUGACCGCGAGCGGGAUGGGUUGGAACCCCUCGUCUACGACGACAUUUCCCAAAUGCAAGAGGACUACAAGAAUGACACGCUUACCCCCCAGCUACUCAAGCCCGCCGUCGCCAAAGCUCUCAACGAGCUCCUUGCCCCUAUCCGGACGGCUUACCAGGCAUCCGAGGACUGGCAAGACGUGGCUCUCAAAGCCUACCCUCCGCCAGCCAAGAAAGAGAAGAAGGUCAGGGACAAGGGAUCGCGUCACCCUGGAGGCGCCAAACCCGCUGGCGAUGCUGCUCUCGCCAAGGCGAUUGAUGGAGGUGAAACACAGGUUGAUGGCGCUGCCUCUGCGGUGGAGAAGUUGACGGUGUGA